AUGCCACACUCGUCUUCCUCUAUUACGAAUUUCCGUAGUAAACUUGCGGCAGCAGCAGCAGUGUGUAGUGGUGCAGUGGGUCUGUUAUACUACUACUAUUCCUAUCGAUGCAUUAAUAACAUAGCAGAUGAGGACUAUCCUCUCGAUGGUUUGUCGCUAGCAGAGUUGCAGGCGAGAAUAGGGGCCCAGCAGGAGAAGGCGAAACGAAACGGUUCGUUGAUUUCCGUACCCACGACCGAGGAAGUCCUGGAGGACGGCCGGGUUAGGGUAGCUGAGAAUUUGAAGUGGAAGCCCAAGGGAUCUAGUGUGGCGAAACGGAACCCUUUCCUACCUCCAUACGAUUCUGGUCUGUGUAUUGGAGAUAUGAUGGAAACGGGCCACAGGCUGUUGCUGAAUAAAUACGCUGUGAUGCCUGGGCAUGUAUUGGUCGUUACUAAGCUAUAUUUCAACCAGAAUGAUUCCCUCACUUGGGGGGAUUUUAAAGCAGUUCAUAGAAUAUUGAGAUGCCUAGGAGAUAAGGCCGUUGCUUUCUUCAAUCAUGGACCCGAGUCGGGCUUUAGUCAAACUCAUAGGCAUAUACAGAUCGUCCCGAAUGUCGAGUACCCCAUGAAGGCUGCCUAUACAGAAGGAAGGCAGGUUGGAUUUAAGUAUGCUACGAGGCCAGUAGCUAGCAUUGAGGCCGUUGACUCGACAGGCACUAAAGGAGCUGGGCUUGAGCUGGUCCCCUAG